AUGUCAGGCCCUGCCAAUUCCACCACCAUCACUGACACCACUGCUACAGCCUCAUCCUCAACGCUACGAGACCCAUCACCCCAACCAUCAAUUUACGACUUUUCACUCCCCGACGCUCAAAAUAACCUCAUCAACUUCACCCAAUUUCAAAACAAAGUCCUCCUCAUAGUCAAUGUCGCAAGUUUAUGUGGAUUCACCCCACAAUACCACGAACUCCAACAACUCUACGCCAAAUACCACUCUCAGGGGUUAGAAAUCUUGGGUUUCCCAUGUAAUCAAUUUGGUAAACAAGAACCGAAAUCUGACAAGAAAAUUGCCCAGCAUUGUCGACGUGAUUUUGGGGUUGAGUUCCUCAUUAUGAAAAAAAUUAAAGUUAAUGGGGAAGAUCAAUCUGACUUGUAUCGGUAUUUGAAGGAUGCAAAAAGUGGAAUGUUUGGAUUUAAAGGUAUACGAUGGAAUUUUGAAAAGUUUGUUAUUGAUCGUAAGGGGAAUGUUGUUGCUAGAUUUGAUUCUUGGAUUACACCUAAACAAUUUGAUGGGUUGAUUAAACAAUUGGUUGAUGAAGGUAAAGAAAGCUAA